UUGCAUCUUCGCCGGGCGGGAUUUCCGCAAUAAUAUCAAGUAUGGCGAAAACAUACGACUAUUUGUUUAAAUUACUGCUAAUCGGGGACUCUGGUGUCGGGAAGACCUGUGUCCUCUUCAGGUUUUCAGAAGACGCCUUCAACUCAACGUUUAUCUCAACAAUAGGUAUUGAUUUCAAGAUUAGGACAAUAGAGCUUGAUGGCAAGAAGAUAAAGUUACAGAUAUGGGACACAGCUGGUCAGGAACGUUUCAGAACAAUCACAACAGCCUACUACAGAGGAGCAAUGGGGAUCAUGCUUGUCUAUGACAUCACAAAUGAGAAAUCAUUUGACAAUAUCAAGAACUGGAUAAGGAACAUAGAGGAACAUGCGUCAUCUGAUGUCGAGAAGAUGGUUCUUGGCAAUAAAUGUGACAUCAAUGACAAGAGGCAGGUUUCCAAAGAUAGGGGAGAGAAGCUUGCACUAGAGUAUGGGAUCAAGUUCAUGGAGACCAGUGCAAAGGCCAACAUCAAUGUGGAAAAUGCAUUUUUGACUCUUGCCAGAGACAUCAAAUCAAAGAUGGACACAAAAAUGGAAGGUAACGCCCCUCAGGGCAGCAGUCAUGGAGUCAAGAUCUCCGAGCCACAGAAAAAGACCAGUUUCUUCCGCUGCAGCUUGCUCUGAGAACCGAAGCCUUCCACGCUGGUUACAGGCUGGCCGGACACAACAUGACUGUGUUUGCUCUCAGCACUUCCUCCUCUUUUUUUCCUUCUUCUUUUUUUUUUUUUUUGUUGCUUAUUCUACCCAACCAUGGCCUCUCCCGGUUCUCCCGGUCUGCAAAAACCACUAUUGUCAGUAAGCGGAGGACUUCCCCUCCACUCUUCCUUUUCUGAAGGCUUCCAGAGGUGCGUCGCUUCCAUUAUUAGAGGAAAACCUGUCUUUGCUUUUCAAGAGUUUUUAACUGACAAAGGACUCAUCACUGAUGUGUUUUCUGUUACAAAAUCGGGGGCUUCUUGUAUUUCUCUCAGUCAGUAGCACAGCCAGCGACAGAAGAUACUUGCCUCAUUAUAAUAUUUUUGAAUUGGAAAUCAAAUGUGGUAUUUUGGUCUACUUUUAAUGGCACUCUUUAGGUGUUUGUGUUACAUGUUGCCGAGCAGAGACUGAUGGUUCUGAACUUCAGUGAAACAGAGUUGCACUUUUUUCAUAUCAGCAGCUGAAGUCAUAUCAAGGCAUAUAAAGUCCAUUCGAAAUCAUUCAGAAAGCUUUGUUUUUAUUUGUUCUUCUUUGUUGUUCUUGACAAUCAUCCGAUGAGACUGAAAAUGUCCUGAUCACUGCCUCCAAACUAUUUUUGCAGUAGCAUUCAAGUGUAAAAUAUCAUCCUUUGUUUUCUCAGUCCUGCUGUCCAAAUUUAGCCAAAAAAAAAGAGGUGGCAUAUUUUUGUAAAAGGGUCUUUAAGGUGGCAACUUGUAUUAGUGGUAGAGAUGGACUAUGAAGCUUUUCCUGGUUGAAAGGACCUUUUCUUUAUGCUAAUUUCUUCCUAUGAAGGAAUAAAAAGGUGAAAUGGUUUCUUGAUAGAUGUUACAGGUUUAAUUCUAACAGAAAAUGAAGGAAUUGCGAGAUUAUCCCCAUCAAAGUAUUAGCCAUGAACCCUCUGUUGAGUUUUGUUCAACUGAAAAUGAAUUGUAUUGAAGCAUAUGCUAUUGGUUGAUGCAUUUAUACACUGAAAACAGUGAGAUUUCACAUUUUGUAACACAUUUAAUCAAUAAAAUAAGAAUUUUAGUUAUUUGACAUUCUAAUGAAAGAAAGAUUGGCUUAUUCCAGGUCUUGUCAGAUUGUUUGCUGUGUUUAUAUAUCAUUACAUGUUCUUAAAUAACCGAAGAGGCCAAGAGUAAUAAACUAUUAUAUGAUAAAUAAACAUUCGGUUUUUCAGAUUGGAUUGCGUUAUCAUCUGUGUUUGAAAGCCACACAGGCAUGUGGGCCUGAGGUUUACCCAAAACCAAGUAUUUUCAGAAACUCUUUAAGAUUAAGCCCUAAAAUGUUAUCAAUCAGAACAGACUGAUUCUGAGGCCCAACAUUUAGAAACCAGAUUUACUUUUUUACCUCUACAAGUUAAAUCUGCCUAUAUUAAAAUGUUUCUCCAUAGUGGUUUGGGUGUAUGGGAGUAGCUGGUUAAAGGAUGGAUUGCUGUGAAUAUGCAUGGAAAAAUUAAGUAUUUAAAUUUGUAGAGAUACUCUUUAGUUUUUUAAAAACAAAUAACAGAAAUAGAGUAUUUAUUCAUUAGGUUUUCUAGGAGACGGAUAGAUAUUAACGCUUUAUUUACUUCCUGUUUGGAAUCAGAUGUUUGUGCUUCCUUUGUCCUCGGAUGUCAAAACUCUCAUUAUAUUCUACAAAAAAAUCUGGAGAUGUGUUGAACAUUUGCAUUAGUUUUUCAGCAAUUUUCAAAAAGUUUUUGAAACGGACGUAGGGCAUCACACAUCCUCCACCGUGCUUAACAGUGAGCAUCAGGUGCUUUUCAAUGUAUUCCUUUUUCACACAGGAAAAAUUUCAGUAUUUUCCAGAUGUGGAUAAUAAGGGAAGCUUUCAUCCCUACCACAUGGUCUAAAACUGCUGUCUAUUCAGCUGGUUGCCCAUGCAAUCACUUCUUCCAUACUUUAAACAUGACUGCAGUAGCAAUGGCUGCUGCUAAUUCAUAGUGAACAAAAAUGGAGGGCUAAACUGACGAAUAAGUGGGAAAUUGGGGGGUUUUGGCAUGAAAAAUGUGUGGAAAGUCUAAUCAGUCCAAUUGAAACACACAGUUCCAGCUAAAGUGUAGAGUUGAGCUGGGUGAUUAAUCUAUUUAUUACUUAAUCCAGUUCUUGGUUUUUGAAAAUGUAAUUUUUUUUAUUUUUUUUUCCGCACCAUUUCAGUCCUUGUGUUUCCAUAGUUCAGAGUGAUGUCAUCAUGCCCAAUGCCGCCAUCUUGUUUGACUCGUGUUUUACAGCUUCUGUUUGUUUUGACGUUGAAUUCAGUUCAACUCUACGACAAAGUAUUAGGGCCAGGCAGAGAAUAAAAUCAUAAUAUCACAAGAAUAACAUAGUACGACAAUGGAGUCAAAAUAAUAUGAGAAUAAUAUUACCAGAAUAAAGUCGUAAUAUUUGAUGUCAUUUUUUGAGAACUCUUACCCAAAAAUGAACAGUUAAAAUGAGGAAUGUUGAGCAAAUUGUGGAGUUUUUAGUACAAGUUUUACAAAUAAGGAAAUGCUAAAUUUCUUAGCACCUCAUCAAAUGAUCAGUAGCAUGACUCUGAAAUAAUUGUGCAAAGGAAUGUUUAUUUUGAAGAAAGAGCCACACAAACUGAGCUGAUCACGUCAAAUCUUGAUAACUAUAUUAAAUUCUGGUGAAAUAGUCUUAUUCUGCUAAUAUUAUGACUAUAUUUUUGUAAUUAAGCAAAAUAUUUUCAUAGCCUGCCCAUAAUACUAUGUUGUAUAACUCACAGAAGAGAUGACUGAAAUAUAAUUCACUUUUAAAAAAUAUUUGUAAUUUCUCUUCUUUUUUUUUUUUUAGAAAAGAAAGGAAGAAAAUUAAAUUAGAAAAUUGGUUCUGGCAUGAAAAAGCAAACUCAACAAACUUCAUAUCUUCCCGAUUGAGAUGCAGGCACUUAUGUUGCUUAUUUGGCGGCUUGGUUUUUAAUGGUUACCAUGGAGACGGUGAACAAAAUACACCAAUCUCUCACCAAGAAAAUCGUUUCUAGAUAAGAUCCAAGCUCAAAUGACGCCUCUGGUCAUGAACUGCAAGUUCCCUUUGAGUUCUCCCAGCACUUUACCAUUACGUCGUGUGUUUGUCCGUGCCAAGUGAUAGCUUCGUUUUAUAACCACUCAGUGUUGAUCUGUUGCGUCUGUGAUACCAAAAUCUAACAGCACCAAGUGAUCCGGCAUCCUCCUACUGUAAUCUGUCACCUAGAAGCGUUUGCUUCCCUGUAAUUUCUGUAAACUGAUGUAAAUCCAAUAUGUAGGCAUAGAAUAGAGGAGUUUUAAGCUAAAGCCUGCCACUUUGUUCUUUAAAAGUUUGUGCUCUGCUCACGUCAACGCAGGCUUGAAUUAAGCUCUUUUCAGGUGUUUUCCAUAUUUAGUUGUGAUGUUUGAUAGCUAGGUGGCGCUGUAGAACCAGUAUGCCUCUUUUAGCUAAACCUCCUAAACUCAAAUUUGAUUCAGUAUUUACAUAAAUUCAGGGGGGAAAGAAGGCCAGAGUUAAUUGAAAUGCAUUUCUCCUGCUUACCUCAUGUUGGUAUUCUUAUGUUAGUCGUUUUUCUGGAAACUCCACAGCGUUCAGAAAGGCAUUUUUAUGGUUUGGUUGUAGCUUCUUCUUUUUUCUAUUUUUUUUUAAGUAUCAAAGAUUUGGGACCUCAUGAUUACUAGGACCAUUUGUCUUAACCGUCAGAUCUCAUAGCUGAGCUAUGCAUUGUGAAUCUUGGACCUUUGUAUAUCAUAAACCUUUACAGAUGAAUUUAUUUGCUUUGUUACAUUUAAUGUGUUUUUUGUCACUCACUGAGCCAGAAACAGGUCAGGCUUAUUUAAAAACCGCAUGUUAAUCUAAACUUUAGCAGCAAUUAUUUUUGACAGAUUUAUUAUUUUUAUUUUGUUAUUUUAUUUUUUCUUAAAAUCCCAUCACAUGUAAUAAAGCAAACACAUUUUUAGCAGCCAUGUUUUCAUUCUGUCUCUUGGGAAAUUCACAGGGAGAAGUUUAGAGAGGUGGGGGGGAAAUAUAUAAAUAUCAUUGAACAUUGAAAAAUAAAUCUAUAUAAACUGUACUGUACUUUCUAAACCCAUAUGAAAUGUAUCUACCAACUGUAGAUAUGUGUACUUUUGAUUUAAUAAAAAAGGAUCUAAAAAUG